AUGGGGAAAAACAGCAAGUAUGCCGUGGCGUGCUCCCUCAUCGGUUCCAUCAUCUCCAUCCUCUCCGGCUACGAGACGGGCGUGAUGGCCGGCGCGUCGCUCUUCAUCCAGGAGGACCUCAAGCUCACGGACACGCAGGUGCAGCUCCUCAUCGGCAUCCUCAACGUGUGCGCUUUCAUCGGCUGCCUCACCGCAGGACACGUCUCCAACUACGUCGGCCGCCGCCGCACCAUCACGGUCGGCGCGUGCUUCUUCGUCGCGGGCUCCACCGUCAUGAGCCAGGCGCACAGCUUCGGGCUGCUCAUGGCCGGCCGCUGCGCUGCGGGCAUCGGCGUCGGCUACGCGCUCAUGAUCGCGCCGGUGUACGCCACGGAGAUCGCGCCCGCGGCCACCCGGGGCUCGCUCGCCGCCACGCCCGACGUCUGCAUCAACCUCGGCGCUCUCGCCGGCUACACCUCCACCUACUUCUUCGGCAAGCUGCCGCUCGCGCAAGGCUGGCGCGCCAUGCUGGGGCUCGGCGGGCUCCCCAGCGCCGUGCUUGCCCUUGGCGUGCUCUUCAUGCCUGAGUCACCCCGGUGGCUGGCCAUGCAUGGCCGCGUCGAGGAGUCGAGGGCGGUGCUCCGGCAGCUUAGCGACACGCCCGAGGAGGCCGAGCUGCUAUGGAGUAAGAUCGCCCCCGUGGCCGUCGCGUCGCCGCAGAGCAGUGCCGGUGUCUGGAAGGAGAUGUUCCUGCACCCGACUCCGCCCGUCCGCCGCAUGCUCGUGGCCGGAGUGGGCAUACUCUUCAUGCAGCACCUCAGCGGCAUCAACGGCGUGCAGCUCUACAGCCCGCGCGUCUUCAAGGAUGCCGGGAUCACCAGCCGCGACCACAUUCUCGCCACCACCGUCUUCAUGGGGCUGGCCAAGACGGUCUUCAUCCUCUCGGCCAUCCUCCUCGUCGACCGCGUCGGCCGCCGCCCGCUCUACCUCUCCAGCCUAGCCGGCGUCAUCGUCUCGCUCACCUGCCUGGGCACCACCCUCACCAUCAUCAGGCGCGCCGAGCCCCACCACGCCGCGCCCUGGACUCUCCCGGUGGCCAUCACCUCUGUCUUCACCUUCGUCGCCUCCUUCUCCAUCGGCCUGGGGCCCAUCACGGGAUGCUACAGCUCGGAGGUCCUCCCGCUCCGGCUGCGUGCGCACGGCGUCAGCCUUGGCGUGGCGCUCAACCGGCUGACCAACGCCGCCGUGGCCCUCACCUUCGUCUCCCUGUCCGACGCCAUCACCAUGGGCGGCGCCUUCUUCCUCUACGCGGGUCUCGCCACCUGCAUGGCCGCCUUCUUCUACUUCAACUGCCCGGAGACCAAGGGACGGCCGCUAGAGGAGAUCGAGGAGAUGUUCAGCCACGGGUGGCGCGCGCGGCACCAGCUUUCGUCUGUGGACAUACCCGUGUAUCAAAACAACCCGCGGCGAUGA